AUGGAGGUUAAUGGCAUUAAGGCGGACUCGAAGACCCUCCAUGCGGCUUUGAAGGUUCUUGCCGUUCACCCGGACUAUUUACUACGUCAAGAUGUUAUUCGCAUGCUUCGAGACCGGUGGCUGGCUCUUAGUCCCGAAGGAUGGCAUUUUGUGGUCGCGGGUCUUCUCCGGGAACAUCAAUUUGAGUUGGCGUUGGAUCAGAUGUCAGCGAUGGAGCGGAAAGGGAUACGUAUAGAUAAUUGGCUUCACAGUAUGGCUGUCUACCAGCUGUGCGACUUUAACGAGCUUGAUGAGGUUUACGCAUUAAUGCAGGCUCGUGUCGAGCAAAACCGCGAAAUGACCCCUGCACUCUGGAGUCAUGUGCUGUGCGCCGCAACACAAGGUCUGCACUACGAUAUGACCCGCUUCAUCUGGCGACGAAUGGUUGACCUGGGCUAUCUGAAACCGGCCCCGAAUGUUCACAUCGAUGCUUUGAUCAUCGCGUCAAAUGCCGGUGAUAUCGACUUGGCUCUUUCUGUCUUCCGCUCAUGUGAUAAACUUGGUAUUCCUUUGGACGCGGAAGAUUAUCAACGUGUUAUCGAUAUUUACUUGCGCUUGGGGUAUCUUGCCGCUUCAUUCAAGGUAUUCUGUACGAUGCACGACUUUGGGGUUGUGCCUGCGGAGCGCUCGACCGAGUCGUUGGUAUCCCAUAUGAUCGAACAUAAAACUGACCCACGCGAAGCGUGGCAGAUGCUCAAACGCCUGAAGAAUGAAAAGCAAAAGGUCCCCAUCACCUGUGUGCAUGUCAUUGCCAAGCUCUGUGAGCGUCGUGCCCACGAUGACCCGUCGGUGGUGGAAGAUGCAAUUGGUUUUUACAAAGAAAUCUACAGUCUGUGCCCCGAGGGAGCAGACGUUUACGUCUACAAUACCCUCAUGCAGAUGUGCCGGAAUGCCCAGAAUCGGGAGUCGGGUCUAUUCCUCGUGAAAGAGAUGGCAUCUUUUGGCGUCGUCCCAAAUGCCACUACUUUUGAAGCUCUCAUCCUGAUGUGUCUCGAUGCUCGCAAUUACCAAUCCGCAUACAUGUACCUCCGAGAUAUGCUGGAUAGGGGAGAUGAAGUCAGCGAUGAAAGCCGAGAUGAGAUCCGCGAUCUUUGUUCCCAGUCGGUGCAUGAAUUUGCGGUACGGCUCCAACAUCACCCUGCAGUGCAACCGGUGGAGCGUCCUCCGAUAGACAAAGAGCCAGCACUUCCGGCCCCUCCUGGUAAUGAAACGGGACAUCGUCGGUAUGGUCGACCCUGGGUCCGAGCCGCGUUCCGACGACAGACACUUUCGGACGAAGACCGCAUUGCAUGGAAUAAGAAGCGGCGACAGAAUAAACGGCGAUACGAGGCGAUUGCCCGAAAAGCCGAAGCUGAGUCCUAG